AUCAAAGAAAUCUAGCUAGGGGAAGAGAGAUUUCGUUUGCCAUGGACCAGGACAAAAUUCCGUUGUUGGACAUGCAGAAAUUGAAGGUUUUAUCGCCGUUAGGUCGAGGUGCAAAAGGUGUGGUGUUUUUGGUGCGAGAUGAAGCAUCUGAUCAUGGAGAAGGAGAAUUGCUUGCUUUGAAGGUGAUUUCGAGAGCUUCCAUUGCCAAAAAGGUCAAGAACAAGGAUAGUAAUGGUAGUGAGUACAGACGAAUUUGCUUGGAGCAGGAGGUGUUGCGACGAUGUCAACAUCCAUUGCUACCCAAACUCCGUGGUGUUUUAUCGACUGAGAAUAUUGUUGGAUACGCUAUUGAUUAUUGUCCCGGACGUGAUCUGAAUUAUCUUCGGAAAAAGCAGACGGAGAAAAUGUUUUCCGAUGAUCUAAUCAGGUUUUACGCGGCGGAAUUGAUACUUGCAUUGGAGUAUCUUCACGGAUUGGGGAUUGUUUACAGAGAUCUAAAGCCGGAAAACGUAAUGAUUCAGGAAAACGGACAUCUAAUGCUUGUCGACUUCGACCUCUCAGCUAAACUUUCACCAAAACCUCCCUCCGAACCUACACCGUCAAGAACUCCACCGUCGACGAAAUCGGAGCUCUCAAAGAAGAAGAAAAAGCGAUUUCCACCGUUUUACAAGUGUUGCCACCCUACUAUCUCGGCGGAGGACUCGAUACAUCCCGAGUCAGUCAACUCAGAUACUCGUUACCAGUCCGGCUCACUCUCGAAAUCAAACUCAUUCGUUGGAACGGAAGAAUACGUCGCACCGGAGAUGAUACAAGGUAACGGCCAUGAUUACGCGGUGGACUGGUGGUGCUUGGGGGUCGUUUUGCACGAAAUGCUGUACGGAACGACGCCGUUCCGUGGAAUAAACAGGAAGGAAACGUUCUACCGGAUUUUAUCAAUGACGCCGGAUCUCGUCGGAGAACCAACGCCGUUGAGAGACUUGAUCCGUAAAUUGCUGGAGAAGGAUCCGAAACAGAGAUUAUCGGCAGCGGAAAUCAAGGGUCACGAUUUCUUCAAAGGCGUUGACUGGGAAAAAGUCGCACAAAUCUCGAGACCGCCGUUUAUACCUGGACGGUUCGAUGACGAGGGUAAAGAUGUAAUUAAGGAAAUUGAUAUUGAAGAUUUUGUGCAAGAGGUAUUUAAGGUGAAUGAUGACACCAUAUGCGACGUCACGGUGAAGGAAAAAGACCAAAAUUCUGCCAAGAAUUUUUUGGUUUUCUAA